GUUUUUUUUUCUUCAUUUUUCGUAAGGUUUGUUCUAUAACUCAUUGAUUACGCAAUUUAUUUGCUUGAUCUGCUGCUUCUGUUCUGAGAUACAAUCCCGAGAUCUGUUUUUGUCGAGGAGUGAGGUGGCUCGGAACUCAGAAGAUCACGACUGCGGUGGUUGUUUCUGGCGACAGUGGAUGUAAUAUUUGAUUUGCCUAAGAACAAGAUAUUGUUUGCAAACAACGAUGAAAAUGUCGACUACAAAGUUGGGCCUAUAGACAAAAAAUAUGCAUGCAUUUAUCCUCUUGUGUUAAUGUGAUUAAUGGAUAUAUACAUGAAUAUGUUUCUCAGGGAAGUUUAAGUGAUAACAUCAUUUGUGUUAGUGUUUUUUUUCAUUUCCACAUUUUUAAUGAAUCAAAUUCUGGCUGCACACAAUCAAAUCUUUUUGCUUCUUCAAUGAACUCAAACUUCCUUUUUGUGGGAUUAAUUUCUUUGCUACCUCUUAUUACCUUGAGAUGAUUUCUUAUAGAGGAUUCAAUGAAGCUUUCCUUAUGUGGUCGGCUAGAAAGUUUUUUGGACUUCUUCAAAGGUGGAAAUAUAUUGUCUAUGAUUUCACUGAAGACACUGAUUUUUGUAUAAGGAGCUUGCAGUGGUGUUUCGAUGUGGCCCGAUGGCAGUAAUGAUGUAGAUUGUGGAUCCAUUGGUCCACUGCCUAUACACGUAUGUAUCGUGUAGAAACAUAUGGCAUUUUUGGUAAAUUUUAAUCAAAGAUGUAAAUGAUGGGAGAAUGGUCCCUAUAACAUCACUUUUAAUCCCUGUUUUGUGAGUUUCCUAUUAAUGAAAGAGCUAAGAAUGCAUUAAUUUUCGAGUAGAGGAUCCAUAGACUCUACCUUUGACUUCUCUUAAGGAAAACCAUUGUCUCGUCGUUUUUCCAAAGGCAUAUCCAUCUAAUUAUGAGGCGGGGAUGGUCCAUGACCUUUCUUUAACAAUAUUAUAAUAUAUAUUUAGAAACGUAAUUGAUAAUUUAUUGAUAUUGAAUAACUUUUGGUAUUUCUAAAAGAUACGUCUUUGACCGACAUUUUUUGGCAAUUUGUUAAAAUUACUAGUCAAAACUUGUAUCCGAAUAUAUUAUGAUGUACUAUUUCAGUAUUGUUUUACCUAUAAAUACUAAUACAUAUAAAAUUUGUGGAAAUAUAUAAAAAAAUUGUCUCAGAAACAAAAUUGUUCGAACAAAAAUAAAUAAUAGAUCGGUGUUUGAAUAAGAGCUGAUGGCGACUGAUCAAAUCAUGCAUGUGCAACCUGAAUCUUUAGCUACUGAUGGAACCAAUAACUAUUUGUAUGAUCAAUUAUGGAAGUUAUGUGCUGGUCCUCUGUUUCAUCUUCCAAAAGUUGGAGAACAGCUAGUUACAUCUAUGAAUGACGAACUUUGUCAACUAAAACCGAUUUUUGAUAUUCCUUCAAAAAUUUGCUGCAAUGUUUUUAGUAUCAAGCUCAAGGUAGAGACAACAACAGAUGAAAUUUAUGCAGAAAUUUCUUUGUUGCCUGAUACAUCUGAAGUUGAAAUCCCAACUCCUAGACAUGAAAACAACAUACAAAACAUUAACUAUUUUACUAAGGUGUUAAGUGCUUCCGACACCAAUAAAAAGGGUAGUUUUGUUUUGAAUAAAAGACAUGCCAUUGAAUGUCUUCCUCUGCUGCUAACACCAAGUCAAGAGGUAAUCGCUAAAGAUAUUCAUGGUCAUGAAUGGAACUUUAAACACACUUUAAGAGGUACACCACAAAGACAUCUUUUCACAUCUGGUUGGAAUGAGUUUUCAAAAGGAAAAAAUUUGGUUGUUGGAGACUGUUUUGUAUUUCUCCGAGGAGAGAAUGGAGAAUCGCGAGUUGGAAUCAGAAAAUCAGCUCAUCAUCAACAACACAACAUACCAUCACAGCUAAUUUCAAAACAGAGUAUGUACCAUGGUGUAGUUGCUACUGCAUUGAAUGCUAUCAAAAGAAAAUGUAUGUUUGUUGUGUUUUAUAAGCCAAGGUUGAGCCAGUUCCUUGUCAACUUCGAUAAAUUUAUAGAUGGAGUGGAUAGGAAAUUUAGUGUAGGCUCCAGAUUUUUGAUGAAAUUCGAAGGAAGAGAUUUUAGUGAAAUAAGUGAAAGAUUUCUCACUCAUUGGAAGGAUUCAGAAUGGCGAAGUCUAGAGGUACAAUGGGAUGAAUCUGCAACAAUUCCAAGACCUGAUAAGGUAUCUCCAUGGGAGAUCGAGCCUUUAACACAUUCAUCGAACAUUCUAAAAUCAGGUUCAAAUAUGUGGGUUCCAACAUUGAUCCAAGGCCAAGAAGUUGGACAGACGAGCAUACAAUCUUCAAUGAGCUACUCAUUCCCUAGCAUGUCCAAACCCAACUACAAUGAGCAAAUGGUUCAAGCAUUGAAAGAAACGUCAACUACCACCGAGGCUACUAGCUACAGACUGUUUGGAGUUGAUCUAACAGUUCCUGGAAAAACAAAGGAUCCCGUACAACCAACUCACUCAUAUAAAAAAUCUAAGAUUUCUAAAAUCUUUGAAGAAGUAAAGGUUGACCACAUCCAAACUAAAACUCAUACUAAGGUUUGUAUGGAAGGUACCGUAGAAAGAACUGUGGAUUUAACCGUUUUUGAUGGAUACAAUCAGUUGAUCCAUGAACUAGAAAGGCUCUUUGAUAUCAAAGACAAGUUGCAUAUGCACAAUCAAUGGAAAAUAGUUUUUAUAAACGCUGAUGGAGAUAUGAUGCUUCUUGGCGAUGAUCCGUGGCCCAAAUUUUGCAAUACGGCGAAGGAAAUAUUCAUAUAUUCAGAAAGUGAUGCCAAGAUAGGGAAUGAAGAUAACAAAUUUGCUGAAGGUGGCCCAAUGUUAACAACAACAAUCUUACCACCAGAUGUCAACAAUAACUAAAGAGGGUUUUGGUUUAAAAAAUGUAAAACUUGCUUAUUUUAUAAUGUAUUAAAGAUAAGACCUGGAAAUGUGUUUGACUUAUAACUUAAAAUUAUAUUAUGGAGUGCUUUGGCAUUUAAUGAUUUAUGUUUUGUCUAUGAAUUGAAGUUUUAAAUGAAACAAAUAUCUUUCAUUUUUUGUUUCAUUUCAACUAUUUUGUUGGCAUGUUUAUUAUUGUGGCUAGGGGAGUAAACCAACCCAAAACCAAAUCAUAUCCAAAUGGUUGUAAGCUUAUAUGGGUAAUGGAUUAAACCGAUCCAUUUGACACAUGGAUUGGGUCAAUCCAUAACACAUUUAAGUUAAUGAGUUACUCGUUUUAAUGGUUAGCCCAUGAACAAUAAUUUUAUAGUUUAAAUGGUUAUUGAGUAAAAAAUAUUUUUUUUGGGGCUGGAAAUAAAAGUAUUGAUUAGAAUUUAGAUAAUAAUUUUGCAGUUUUGGCAGGAAAAAACUAUUUUACAGUUGUGGCGAGAAAUAUUUUUUUUUACAGUUUUAGCAAGGAAACA